AUGGCGAGCUUUUUCAAAACGGCCUUCUCUGCUACAUGUCUUCUGUGCGUUUUUCUUGUUCCUACGUUAGCAAGGCAAACACAUGGGGUUAGACUUCACAAACGGGGAGGAAGUGUAACUUACGAAGAUUUAAAAUAUGAGGCAAUUGAUCGAGGCCAUCAACACGGCGAAAGCGCUGCGAAAGACGGCCGUAAGUUCUGCGGCACGUCCACUGGACGGGUCAACAGUAACCCUUUUUUGCGGGAUGUGGACAGUGUGGUUUCCGGGACACCGGACAGCCACCGCGAACAGCGGGACGUCUCUACCGGCACGGCAGUGUAUUUUACGGCUCGCUCCGAUGCCCUGCGGUACAACCCAACUACAUCAGACGGACUUGCUGGUGAGAUCAGCUACCCUAGGGAAGCAUUUGCGGUGGCCCUCUGGGUAAAACCCGCCGGAGGUCAGAAGAGCCCGGCAGUUAUAAUCGGCUUACAUGAUACUUGUAGAGGUAGCCGGAAUCACUGGACAUGGUCCCUGGGUGUAGACACAGACAGGGAUCAGCCAGACCACGAUGCCCGCUACUUCUUCUCCGUCACCAGCGACCGGUCUCGGGCCUCGAGUAUGGUGCGAGCCACCGGUAGGUACGAAGCGGAGACGUGGACCCACCUGGCAGCGACUUUCGACGGCAGAGAGCUGACUCUGUUUGUCAACGGGGCAAAGGUGGCUUUCGGAAAGGGGACUGCAGGUCCGAUGUUUGGCGAAGUCCUGACCCAGUGCAAGCAACUAAUCAUCGGAGGUAGCAUCAACGAUGAAAACGGCUUCCGAGGCGCCAUCGAUCAAAUCGCCAUCUGGUCUGGUACCUUGAACCACCGAGAGCUCAGAGAAAGCUAUUCCAACCCGAGCGACCCUUGGACGAUUGCAGGGAGCAGGUUGGUCGUCCGAGAGGGCUUCGAGGCAGACUGGGUGAACUGGAAGAUCUCUGCUGAGAACGAACCCGUACCGAUCCCGUCUGACAUCCCCGGCGAGCUGCUACGUCUGACCGCCAGGAAACCAUCCUGCGGGGUGACUGUCUGCGAUAGCCCGGUCAUUGCUAAGAGCUACAUCGACCAGCCAGAACUCCGGGUCCGUAAGGUUAUACGGUAUCGAGCGAUCACUAUGGCUGAAGACGAUGGGGCAAAUCACUCCGUAGAUCGGGCGACUAUACUUCGGAAGCACGCUACCAUCAACGAGGCAUUUAGACCUCAUAAUAUCUCCUGGGAACUGACGGAGUUUGUAGUCAGGAAUAGCUCCCUCAGAAAUCGAGUUGUGCUCGCCCUAUGUAAUCUCUACCAAAUUGGGGAUAACUCAUGUGACCCUGAGUGUCGAUAUGACGUCACUGGUGACGAUGCAGGGGACUGUAGUUAUGAUUAUUCUUGUGUGGACAGACAGAUAGGAAACGGUGUAUGUGAGAACGAGUGCAAUAAAGCAUACACAGAUUAUGAUGGUGGUGACUGUUGUGACCCCACUAUCACUGACGUCACAAAGACGUGCUUCGAUCCAAGAUCACUCAAUAGGAACUAUCUUACAUUGGGAGAGCUGAAGGGCACAGUAGCAAUGGAGUCAGAUUCCCAUCUUAAUGUCUACUUUGUCAACUUUUCUGAUCCUGAUAUUGAAGGAAUUGCUACGAUGCCUUGGGAGAUGGAUGUCCAUGGGCUCUUCGGGGGAACUGUCCUCCAAGCAGACGCCUGCAGUUUCACCGAAACAUCGGCCGAGACGAUCGUGCACGAACUCGGUCACAACCUUGGGCUUUGGCACGUCCACCAGGGUAUGGAGUGCGUUGAUGACUGCAGGGAGCAUCGGGCGUCCGGGGUACUGGGCGACCUGGUGGCUGAUACCAACCCCACACCUGAAAAUGCGUUCUGUAGAGACCCAACAACAUGUGAGCUUCCAGCCUGUUUCGGUGAGGCUGAGUUUACUGACACUCCAUACAGGAACUUCAUGAGCUACACAGAUGCCGAAUGUACGGACCACUUCACGGCCCAGCAAGGCACCCGUAUGCACUGCUACAUUGACCUGGUCUACCAAUCAUGGCUCCACCAGGACCCAUCCGUACCAACCCGACCCAAAAUCGGCAUCCCACUUGGCCCGCGAGUGGUGUCUGAACGCGGGCGAGCCGUCACCCUCUCAUGGCUGCCUCCAAUGUCGAGGUUCGGACAUGGUGACCGAGAGGACAAUACAUGUCUGGAAUGUACUGAGAUGGGGCAGUUAACACAGUAUGCCAGCUUGGUUCAAUUCUACCCUGAGUCGGUUAAGAUGCUACCGAGGUAUCCGUCCCUAGACGAAGCAACAGGUCCGCCAGAUGCUGGAAUUAAAUGCGAAUAUAGUCGCAAAUCUUGGAUAGGUGGAACGAAGACUGUCUGCGAUGAGUGUUACCUGCGUCUAGAAUUCAAAACAGCCGUCGCCCCCAGUAAACUCAUCAUCUGGGCAAACUACAACACCGCUGGGGGCGUGCGCAACCUGGAACUUGAGUACCGUGAUGGUAGCUUGGAAUCCAUGGGCCCAAUCGAGAUCUUCUGUGAUAUGCCGUACACAAUGCGCCUGACUCACAUUGGCAAGAAAGUCCAGGCUAUCCGCCUGUACCCUGGGGAGUACUUUAAUUUAGAUGCCGUGCAGUUGGUGUCGAUAGCUGACUGGUCUGCCUGUGUUAGCUGUAAACCCCUCAACUACAAGGUGGUUAGAGAUCCACCGUUUUCUGGAGGUGAAAUCAGCAGAGUUUCUCGCACCACAACUUUUACUGAUGAUGGUGUCGUCAGCGAUGAUGUUAUAUACUCCUACAAGGUGCAAGCUUUCCGGGGUGAUGAGUAUGGGGAUUUCACAUCGCCAUUACAGCGUCGUUUCGGCCAAGAAUUCUGUGGCAAUGGUCUCAAAGAAAGCACUAUUAACGAGGAAUGCGAUGAUGGUAACAUCUUAGAUGGUGAUGGAUGUAGCCAAGAAUGUCAGGUCGAAAACUCCUUCACAUGCAAGGGAUUAUCAAGUCUUUGCAGUCAUACUUUUUCUGUGGGCAACACCGGUUCCACCGAUAACACCAAUGAUCAGUACCCAGUGCCAGACGACUUCAUCGACCAAUGGGCAGAGAGUGCUGUUGCAAACCCUGACCAUCAGACCAAAGAGAACCCAGUGUCGGCACUCGUUGGUCCCCCAAGCACCUCAACAUGUGUGAAGGAGGUUGAGACUGGGCAUGGAUGGUACCCGAUUGAUAUGUACUUUCAUGAUGUAAAUUACUGGAUUAAGGCAAGGUUUUCCAAAGCUGUCGUUGCUACCUCUGUGUUUGUUCACCUUUCGUCUGAUGGAGAUCCUUACCCUGGCUACUUCCCAUCCAUGAUAUCACUAAAGCUGAUUGGACUAAAUGGAGAGAUCCAUGACCAGCCUCUCGUCAGUCUUGCAGCACUAUGCAAUGAGAAUCCAGUGCAGUUUGUCAUGACUCAUGAUUUAAACCUGCCAUUCUUUCACACCAAAGAGGUGUUGAUAAGCAUGACUGACGUCAUUGCCAUUUCCGCCGUCCGAUUACGAUCCAGUAAGACUCUUGAUCCGGUAGUGGUGUCAUCCUGCCGUUCCGGUGAGUUGUUCAAUCCAGCCACUGGUCAAUGUGUGUCCUACAUGUGUACAUGGACGGAAUGUGAGAUGCUGACCGUGCCUCAUGCUGUGGUCAACUGCUCUGGUCUUCAAGAUGGUGAGACAUGUACGGUGAGAUGUAAAGAAGGAUAUCGGACUGGAGGAGUCAUGACAGAGGCAGAGAUGAUUUGCAUCAAUAGUGAGUGGAGGGGACCAGACAUGAUAUGUAAGGCAGUUGACUGUGGUGAGCCAUCGUUACCAUACGCUGAGAUCGUUUGCCCUCUUGGUAAAACCUACGGCAAGCAGUGUAAACUCAAGUGUGUACCACCUGCAAAGAUGCAAGGCACCAUCCAAACAAUUACCUGCAUGGCCGACGGGCUCUACUCGUUACCAGAAGCUUUUUGUCAGCUGUUGUGUGACGCACCGCCUAUAAUCCCUAACGCUAUGCUGGCCAGUCAGCAGUGCCAAAUGGGCAGCCACACCAUCGACACCAUCUGCAAAUAUCGAUGUGAUGCUGGAUACCACGUAGCUGCACAGUCAAGUAAAGGCCGACGGAGGGCCCAGCGCCUGAAGUACAGAUGCACGGAAGAUGCAACAUGGUCCGGGCCAACGUGUGACCCUGUGACCUGCCCACGUCCACCAAUCAUCUUCAAUAAUAUGUACACGUGUACGGAUGGCCUUAACUUCAACAGUGAGUGCAGGCUGAGAUGUGAUGACUCCAAUAGUGGACUGGAAUUAGAGGUGGUGAAUACCAUUCGAUGCAUUCAAGACACUCGUGAUCCAAGCAGGGGUGUGUGGGACGGCAACUUCACCAUUUGCAGGUCCUUACAAGGAUCAUGUGAUCCACCCCAACCAGAGAGUAACAAGAACGUUGAGCUUAGAUGUGAUAAUGGAUUCGCUGUGGGUUCACACUGCACAGCUGUUUGUCCCGACCUGUACGGUCUGUCAGACAACGAACCAGCUCUAUUGGCCACAAACUCAUCAACCACGUUUGCGAGAAACGCUGAUUGGCAGAGAGAUCAUGUGAUCAUAUGCACCGCUCAGCGUCAGUGGUUCCCAGAUCCAAGAAGGAUCACUUGUGUAGAAGGAUGUAUUGAGACGCACAUUGCAAACGGUAUAUGUCAGCGAGUCAACAAUCGAGCUUACUGCAACUGGGAUGGUGGUGACUGCUGUGCCUCCACUACGGAGACUGGAGAGGUCUUCACGACCAAAGACGACAGAGACAUCGAUGUCGAAUCCUUGUGUUUCGAUCCCAAUGCCCAAGAAAACCAACCGAAGAAUGGAUCAAAUAGAAAGAAUCGAUCCUAGAGUAAAAUUUCACAUCCUCAAAAAUUAUCGUUAAAACACUUCAGACGCUUGAAGUGACAUUUGAAGGCCCUUUUUGGUUUUCCCAGAGAAAAAUUAAUGGUGUCAAAGAUCUUCCUCUGCCUUCAAACUUUCUUGACAGAUGUAAAUAUUCCAACAAGGAAAGAAAAACACGUCAUUAUUAUAAAAGAGAUUCUCGGAUUGUGUGGAUUGCUUUUCCUUUCUCAGGUUUCUAAAAUCAUGACUUUACCGUCGGGUGGUUGUUUAACCCCUGUGUGAGGGGUAAUUUUUCAAUUAGUCAGUAAAAGGUUUAUAGUGUGUAUGUUUUAUAAUGGCCGAGUAGAAUGUAUCUCAUUCAUUUUGGUGGACGGGUCAAGGUUGUGUGGGUUUGCAUCCUUUCCCUAGGCAGAAGUCGGUCAUAACACUUGUUGCAUUGAGUUAAUCACGCUAUCAUAAUUGCUUCUCCUUAACCAGGAGUGUACUUGAGGUAGAGUAUGAGGCGAGUCGUGGGAAAAGAUCUUUAAUUUUGGAGGGGUUGCCAAGUGGGAGCAAAGACAUAAUUUGAACCAUUUGUGCAUGUAUUAUUUUAAUCUCAGUCUUAUUUGGGAGGGGGAUGUUGGUUCUAAGGGGGGGGGGGUGGCUGGCACUUCCCCAACCCUUCCCCUGGUUACGUCACUGGGUAUAGUUAUAAUAAUGUGCGGCAGUUCACAACAAAUUUGAGAUGGUGUUGGGAAUGCUGUGAUUACUAAUUGUAAAGGGUUUAUAUUUUGAAAUAUAAAGGCACGGUGUUUUUACCUUGUAGAUAGUUUUAUGCAGGACGCCGAACCUAACUCAACUACUACUUGUUACCAGUUUUCUAAUCAUUAACCAUACUGUGUAUGGUAGAAAAACUGCAGCAAACAUUGUGUGUGUAUUAUGCAGAUUCAUUUUGUUCACCACAUGACAUAAGGCAGGCUGUUUGAUGCAUCAUUGAAACUAAUAGGGUCAAAAUUAAUGGCCAGAAAGUAGGAUGGUUAGCUAUAAUAUUGUGUAGUUUAGGUUGUGUUUUUAGUUUACACAAAGCAGCAUUUUCCCCUCGAUAAAGGGUAUGCAGAAUAGACCCAUUUGAUUUUAUUUGAGAAUUUAAAAAAGCGCCCUCAGUAAGUUUAAAGGAAUGCCUAUCAUUGGCUGAGAAUUGUGUAUGGCGCAUACAUGUUGUUUUAGCUCAGCCUUUAUGGUCUCGUGGUUUGGGGGUUUAUGCAGAUUUGGUGUGUGUAGAGAACCGUGUGUUUAUUAGUGGAAAGAACUAAAACUGGA